CUGGGUGCGAUCAACGGAGAUGGUCCUCCUUCGAAACGCGGGGACCACGGACAAUGCAUGCACAACACUCCAUGUGGUCUUGCGGGCUCCGAUAUUAUACUUGGCUUUGGACCUGACGAUCAUCUGUAUAAGAGGUUGACUGAUCAACCAUACCUUUGAGUUCCUGUUCUUCACUCCAGGUCAGUCAUCCAACAACCACUUCCCUUCGAUACAUCAACACUCAUCUCAACACUCUCAAACCAACAACCACCAUGGCUCCUUCCGCGGUGGAGGCCGUCCAGACUGCCGUCCAAACCACCAUCAACGUCAAGAACCAAGCCAACCAGCAGGCUACCCCUACCCAGCACGCUCAGCACGUUGAGCCUCUCAAGCUCUCCGGCGUUCUCGAUCAGUAUGAGCACUUCGACGUGACUCCCAUCAUCGGCCGCGAGUUCCCCAAGGCCAACCUCGUCGAGUGGCUCAAUGCUCCCAACGCUGAUGAGCUCAUCCGCGAUCUCGCUAUUACCAUCUCCCGCCGCGGCGUCGUCUUCUUCCGCGCCCAGCACUCCCUAACCAACGACCUCCAAAAACAACUCAUCCUCCGCCUCGGCGCCCUAACCGGCCGCCCUCCGACCUCAGGCCUGCACAUCCACCCGAUCCUCAACUCGGAGCGCGAACUAGGCGGCAACGACCCGGAGAUCUCCACCAUCAGCUCCAUCCAAAACCGGCAGUUUUACCGCGACGACGACAACAAGUCCGAGGAACUGUCCACCAAAAAGCAGUACACCGCCCAAUGGCACUCCGACAUUGCCUUCGAGCCUGUGCCCGCCGACUAUACUAGUCUCAGACUAGUCCAGCUGCCGAAGACGGGCGGCGACACCCUUUGGGCUUCGGGGUAUGAGAUUUAUGAUAGAAUCUCGGAGCCGUACCAGAAGUUUCUGGAGGGGUUGACGGCUACUUUCCAGCAGCCGGGAUUUAACAAGGCGGCGGAGAGGAAUGGGUUCAAGAUUUAUGAAAGGCCGCGUGGCGCGCCGGAGAAUGUUGGGUCGGAACUCAAGGCUGUGCAUCCGGUUGUCAGGACGAACCCGGUUACCGGGUGGAAAAGUGUGUUUCCCGUGGGAGGUCAUGUGAAGCAUGUUAAUGGGGUUACGAAGGAGGAAAGUGAGAGGUUGUUGGAGUGGUUUUUGGAGGUGUUGCAGAGGAAUCAUGAUUUGCAGGUUAGGUUUAGGUGGCAGGGGGAGAAUGAUAUCGCGAUCUGGGAUAACAGGAGCGUCUUCCACACUGCUACCUUCGACUAUGAUGGAUUUGGCGAGCGCUUCGGUAACAGGGCGGUUGGGCUUGGUGAGAGGCCGUAUCUUGAUCCUCAGAGCACUAGCAGACGGGAGGCGUUGGCGGCGGCGGGUGAGCUGGUCUAAGUGGAAGGAAAGGGUGGACUUGUUUGGCUUCUGGUUUGGUAGGUAUUUUGGCUUUGAAGUGUUUUAAGCAUCACGAAAGGAGGGAAUUGCCUUCGAUAUUAUCCCACUGGUCUUGCCCUCAUCCCUCAUGAC